AUGAUGUGCCACUCCCGACAAAAUGCUUCGGAGCUUUCUGCAUCAUCUAGUGGCAGCUCCAUUGAACCACUGAACAAUAGCACCUUCGCGAGCAUGCCUCCCGACAAAGGCUGCACUUCAGCAAUCAUUCCAACACAAUCGUUGACUAUGCAAACAUGCUACCACACCUUCAAUGCCCGGCUUUGUUCGCCUGCAGCGAGAGCACUCGCGAGAGAGCGUAAAUGGCAAACGUACUGGCUUUGGCAACGAUCAGUUAAGUACCAUCUCCAAAUCCCCUCCAUGUCUGUCUUCUCUCCAUCAGCUUCUGCAACCAAAUCAAUUGCCUCGCUUACCGAAAAACACUCGACCGUCCUGAAAUCGUUUGAACUUCGGCAGAACAAGAAUCUACUGAAAGAGCGUACUCAGAUCUGCAAAGAGCCAUUGAUUCCAAAGACAAAGAAGGGCUCUGGUCUGAGCGGCAACGUCCCGCAGUCUGAGCAAGUGCAGCCAGACAAGUCUGGCAUUGAGUCUUGGCUCGAAGAUGUUCAGAUUACCCCAACCGAAAGUCUUACAGGCCUUCAACCUUUCAAUCCGAAGACUUUCAGCAAGAAUGAUACCUUUCUCUACUGCAACGUUGGCAACAGUGACUUGCUCAAGCAUGACUUCUUCACUUCCAACGACAAGAAGAUUGUGGAAGCAACUUUCAAAGAUCAAGUGCUGCGGCAGAUAGGCGCAGGUUUCCAACCAUACAGCACCUUCGGUAAAGGCAGAUUUCUGAUCAAAGAUUCCAGCAAUGUUCGCGAUGUUCUCGAGACAACGAAAUGCAUUGCUGUUGUAAUCACUUGGAAUGGCCCAGGAUUCCCCCCACCUGAUCUCCAAAAAGAGAGCUUGAUCCAGACUGGAGUUCUGGCAGAGAACCCUGCUGGCGGAUCGAAGAAUCUGAUCGGUCCUGCACUCAACGUUGCCAAGUACAAGAAGAGCUGGACGAACCCAGAGCACAAUGCAGGCCGUCGGUGGCGUUGGGUCAGAGUUGAGCUCUUCAAGCACAACGACGAGCUCUCAGAAGGUCUCGAUGGCUUUGCAGAGAGCUUGAAGAAUGACCGCGAGUAUCCAGGCGAUGUUACCGUGGAGCACGGAACGAUGUUCGUUGACAUCACGAGCGUUUCCAUUACCGACCUUUUCUCAAAAGCUGGCGUUGAGAAGCUCGGAAUCAACGUCGCGAUGUGGACCGAGGUCACUGUCGCUUUGCUGACCAAGGAAUUUAAUGGACGCCCGGAGAUCGCGAAGCACGCGAAUAAAUUCUUCGAUCUCAAGCACGAUGAGACUGAAAACCACUUCGGUCUCAAGCUUUGUGUGGGCAACGAACGCAGAAUUGGUAUGGAUGCCGAUGACAACUUCGUUCUCUACAAUGCUCCAUGUGCCAAGUUCUUCUACAAAAACGGUGGCUCGGUUGCUGAGUUCCUGAUAAAUCGCUGGUCAGGAAGUUAUAUGCCAGAUCCUGAAGGUCUGACCAAGAUACUUCGUGGCAAGACGGUGCGUUUCCACACAGAUGACGGAUGGGUGACGAAGACCAUCCGGGAAGUGCACAGCAGUACAGCAGACCACGCCAUGCAAGAUGACAAGCACGAAUUCUGGCGAGAAAAGACCGACCUCAAGUUUUCGCAUCACGACCUGCCAUGCAUUGACGUGGGCACAAGAUACAAGCGCGAGCUUAUGCCGGCAUCUCUUUGCAAGUUCGUUGGCGCGCAGACUUACACUGGUCCUGGCACAGGCUACGAAGUGAAAGUACACUUGCACAAGAAAGAUUCUAUCAAUCGUAACGUGCGAGUUGGUCAGGCUGCAUACGAAAUACGAACAACGAAGCCGACGAAGGUAUCUCGCAAGGUGAAAUUAGACGACCUAAUCAAGGAAGCUUUCGAUGCCAACAUGAAAGUCGGAUUUCUCGAAGUCGGUGUGGAAAGCAGACAUUCGGCCGAGUGGACGAUCCUUCGCGAUAAACUUGUUCGCAUCUUGAAGAAAUACCAGCUGCCUGCGAUUGUAGACCCACGCAACCUCAAGCCGCUUUUCUUGCAGUACAGCGAAGGCGGGGACAGUGCGAAGGAUUGGGCACUUCAGCUGCGUCGUUGGAAGCAAAACAACCAGACCGAAGGCGAGAAAGUGCUGGCGAUUGUUCUUCUCAGCGAUGAUCAGCAUCACGCUACCAUCUACAAUGUCCUGAAAGGCUUGGGCGAUUCUUCUCUCGGUAUCCAGACUUACUUUCUCAAGGCCACGGUCCUGAAGAACAAGGCUUUUGACGAUGAAAACAUGAGCAUGGCUGCACACGAGGUGGUCCGACGCAUGGCACGCCGCAACUUGCCGGCUCUUGUGUUCUCUGAUGCCAAGCUGGACAUUGCCAUAGCGAUUCAUAUCGAGCCAGUAAUCAUCAACAUGAGAGAGAUCGACAAGGAUUGCGGCUUGAAGAACAAGCCAUGUCGCAAAUAUCUUGUUGCGCUAUCUUCACGACACACUUUUUCGAGCCGAGAUUACAAGACCAUCGAAUCACGGCUGUUCGAGCAUGAUGAGCUUGCAGAUCCGGGGCACAUCAAACGUGAGCUCAAGAAAUUUCUUGCUGGCUCGACUCCAAAUAGCACCGAACACCAAGUGACCCUGAUCAGAACCGGCUCAGAGUUCGGAGAUGUUGAAGUUGAGGCUAGGGUGUUGUCGACAGGUGUAAAAGAAGCACUUGGGCAAGCUUGUCAGGUGUCUUACAUCUCUCUGCACGAAGAUGAGUCCUCAAAAGCUCUGGCGCGAGACCAAAAUGAGCAUCUUCAAAAGUCAGAGGGAGUCACUAUGCUCCUCGCAGAUAUGCGCGACGCAUCAGAAUCCCGCAUUGGCAAAUUGUACCGGCGCACAGCUGCCACCAACUCUACUCACGCCUUCAAUAUCCAUCUUUUUGGUGACAGACUGGCGGUCGAGGCGGCUGCUGAGCCAUCUGUAAAGCGAGAUUCGCCCAUCGAACCCAACCCAGCAGAUCUCAUUCGCAACCUGAAAAUCAAUACCGCACAUAGCGGUACUGAAGUGGACAGUGGCUACGGCGGCUCGAAGACCUCAUCCUCCAAGACCACGAGCCCGACGGAAUCAACACAUCAGAUCCAAGUUCGUGGUGAACUCCCAAUCACGAAGCUUGAGGUCAAGCGCCUAGUCGCUCUUUGGUCGGACGCAAGCCUUGGUCUUCACGAUACCAAACUCCCAAUCCCUUCUCAUCUGGCGCAAGCUGCUACGAAGCGGGCUUUGACUCAUAUCUCCGAGAUCUCUACAAAUCAGCAGCGGUACACGAAGAUGUGA